AAUGGCAUAGCAAGACCCUCUGGUCUGGUAUUUUUAGAAGGCACACUUCGUCUAAUGGGUUGGGCACUGCUAUAGGUGUUUGGGCUAGGGUAGACUAUAUGGCUCAUGGUGGACCGUUUUCAUGUAGCAAUUAAUUAUCUAUUGUAUUAUAGUUUAGAUCUAGAUCUACAUCUAAUUGUUUCUGGUUUAAUUAGACUAGAUUUGGACUAGUUAUAGCUUAAAUCUGUAAGUUUCAGUUUGGAGAUUGUAUGUAACAUUCUUAAAAAUGUGGACUGUUUAUUGGAUUUGGAUGGUCACUUUAACAGUUUCAACCAGAGUCAGAAGUCAAGGAUGUUCCAGUUCAUUCAGCACCAAUGAAUGUUACUUUACUGGUGGUGCCACAAUCCAACCUCAGUAUGCAGAUGUGAACAAAUACUUCAUCAUAGGAGGCUUGUUUGACAUACACACUAAGAACAGUACUGAGAUCUGUGGCCCCACUGUCUCACAGGCUGGUCUUCUCAAUUUGAUGGCUUUCUUUUGGGGUAUUGAAUACUAUAGUAUUACACAAAAAUUGGUGCAAACUACACGUGUCUCUGUUGGUGCAAUAGCCUUUGACAAUUGUAUGAGACCAGAGCUGACCUUACAACAUGUGUUGGGUUACUCUCAAUGUGACCUUCAUAUUCAAACAGCAGACCAAGCUAACUUGGUAGCCUACAUUGGUCCUUACACAAAUGAAGAUGCUUUUAGAACUGGCACAAUUGCAUCUGACCUUGGUAUUACUCUUAUCAGCCCAAGUGCUAAUUCAUUGGAUUUUAAUUCUAUAAAUCAAAAGACUCUUUUAAGAUUAAGUCCCUCAUUUACUUAUGAUGUGAAAGCAAUCAUUGAAUUUCUGAAACAAGUCAAAUCUCAAUAUGUGAUGGUUGUAUUUUCUGGUAAAGACAAUUUCUGGAAAGCUGCAUUCAAUGAACUUAAAUCACAAAUGGAUCCUUCAAUAUGUAUUCAAUACACUGCAGACAUAAAUACUUUUUCUGCAGAUCAAAUUAUCCAAGACCUGAAUGCUCGUGCCAAUGCUAAAUAUGUUGUACCACUGAUGUCUACAGCAGAACUAGACUCUUUAACCACCAAUUUUCAAUCUAUACAAAAUAAUUUAGUCUUCAUUUUGAACUCAGUCAUUGGUCAAGACUUAGCUUUUCUUCAAAGAAAGAGUUAUGUUGCCAAUAAUGCUAUCAUUGUUGAUCAAGUGGAUAAAUACAUGUCACAAGAGGCUUGGGACAGAUUUAAAGAUUUUGUCAACUCUGGUCUCUUUAAUAGUUCUACUGUAAAAAAUAUUCCAAGUGGCUGGUUGGUUGGUUUCACUGUGUCAGAUAUAAAUCUACUUUCAUCACCAGUGAGACGUGGGAUCAGCAGAACUCUGAAAAGUGUCGAGAGUGUCCUGAAGGGUAUAGACACUUUGCUCAACCAAGGCUGUUCUACAGGAACUAGCUACCAAUUUUGUGAUGCUUAUCGUAAUCAACGGUCAAAAAAAGAUGAUAUAUUUAGGGCUAUUCGAAUGGGAUUUAAUUUAUUCAAUGACAAUGAACUGUCUAAUACAAAUGUGAACUAUGUUUAUUAUCGCUUCAGUGGUGGUGGUAAAUUUGAUCAGAUUGGAACAUACAGUGUAGAUGCCAGUGGCAAGUCAGUGCCAUCUUUCUCAGUAAACCUUUUUGAUACUGCUAACUAUGGGAAUGCCUACAGCAUCCCUUCAUGUCCAUUUCCAGGCCAGAACUUGUGCUGUGAAGCAAGCACCACCACAGUGACUACAACCACAUCCACAACAAGUGCUACAACUGCAGCAAGUAACAAUGGUGGAAAUAGCAAAGCAUCAACUGUAGUGGUUCAGUAUCCAGUAGAUCAAGCUAUUACUGGUGCUUAUUCCAACAUGGACCGUGAUAGCUCAGAAUAUGGCACACGAUUUGAUUUGGGUCACAAAUGGAUUAUUGCUCUUGGUGUAUUAGCAGGUGUUGGCAUAUUAAGUGUGAUUAUCUUUGAGAUCUACAUCCUAUACAAGCUUCUGGGUACAGAAAUGAGAAAUAAAUGGAGGACUAUGUGGCUGGGUCAGCUCCUGCUUUUUGGAAUUUUUCUGUGUUACCUUGUUCUGUUUGCCUACCUGCCUAUUCCAACAAAGGCAACUUGUGGCAUCACUAGAUUUGGUGUUGGUGUGUCCUAUGCUUUUUGUUUUGCUGUCUUGUUGGUCAAGUUAAUGGUCAUCCUGACCUCCAAGUCCUCUGACAUAUUGGUAGCAAGUGAUGGUGGAUCUCCUAACUACUUGAAGGGAAUAUAUCAGUUCCUUUUAUUUGUUUUUGCAGUUGGUGUCCAGAUUGUGAUUGAUGUCCAGUGGUUGAUCACUGUCCCUCCAGAGGCUAUCAAAGUCAUGGCUAACAAUGGAAAAGAAAUGUGGAUCUGCAAUCAUUAUACCUGGGAAGCUGGUAAAACAUCCACACUUAUGUCUUCCUUUGUGCGCACCAACUUUGAGAACCAUCUGAUGUCACUGAUCUACAUUAUGGUCAUGAUUCUGAUCACCACCAUUCUAUCUCUAAAUGCUCAUGGCAUCAUCACCAACCAUAGAGAAAGUAUAUUUAUUGGUAUUGCUGCAGGUUUCAGUAUUCCAAUCUGGCUGGCCUGGGGUUUGAUUGGAGGACUUAACAAGGAUCAUGCUUAUUCUGAGGAGUUUGGUGAUGGCUGCAUAGCUUUUGGACUUCUGAUAACAGCUACACUAAUUCUGUUUUCUAUGUUCUUACCUAAAGUCAGGCAGCUGGUCAAUAUGGGAGUAGAAGGGAUAUACCUGGAAGAUGACAGAGAAACAAUCUAUGCUGGCUCUGUUAUAAUGGCUCCAUCAAGUUAUAGAGGAAAAGGGCCAGGCUCUAUCAUAUAUGUCAAUAAUCCUGGGAUAUAUAAUGAGCCUAUAAUUAUUGGGAAUGGAGAUCCCAGUAAGAUUGGGGUGGCUACCCAUUUGAAAUAUCCUGCAAGUACCUACAGUGCUCCUGUCACUUACUUGAAGAAAUCUGAGUCUGCCUAUGGAGGUAGCACAAAAGUUCUAAAAAUGACAGAUGAUCUCAGAGGGCGACUACCACAGAAACGCACACAAUCUGAAAUAGCGUAUGGAUCAUCUGGAAGACCAAGAUCUCAUAAAGGAACACUACCACGAUCUCGUUCUCAUACUGACUUAGGAGCAUUGUAAGAAGUGUUUGACUGUCACCACAAGAUUUGCCUUAUUCAAGUUGACUUAAGUUGACAUUUCCAGUAGAUCAUUUACUGAACACACAUCUUUUGUUAACAUGCUUUUCUUUCUUCGUUUUUUUUUUUUUUCUUUAAGAAUAAGUUAAUGGUGAUGAUUGAUUAGCUGCUAAGAUUGUUUGUGUAUUGAUUGUAUUCACUUUGUUAUUGAAUGUUGAUGUGUGAUAUCUAGAAAAUGCAGUCACUUCAGGCUGGUAAUAUUUAAGCACUUAGCUACUAAGACAUUUACCUUUUUUUUUUUGGACAUUUUAUACAUAUAUAUAUAUAUUUAUAUUCACUUUCAAUUGUUAAAAACAGAAAAUAUUGUCUUGUUUUAAAUGGACUUGCAACUGAAUGUAACUGUCACAUAAGGAAAGGAAAUGAUUUUUGAUCCCUUAUUUCAACUUAGUUGGUGUUAGCACUGACUGUUUUGCUGAGAAUCCUAUUUAUUGAUAUAUUUGAACAAAGUGUCUGAACAUUUGGUACAAGAAAUAAAUAGACAAGGCCUUAGAAAUCAUUGAAAUGACUAAUUGGAAGAUUGAUGGUUCUUACUGCUAUACCAUGUAGUAAUUGUCUGCUGCCCUGGCUGAGUCACUAAUGGACUUUGAGUUGCCAGCUAGAAAACAUUGAUGAAAGCCAUUUGUAAAUAUCCUAACUCCAUGAUGGGCUAAUAUUAUUGUGAAUGUAUUUUCAUCUGUAUAUUCAACUCACUAUUUUAGUGUUUCUUUAGUUAUUGAAUAAACUUUCAAAUGUU